AAAACUUUAAAAUUUUCUCGAUAGUCGGAAUAGUUAAUUUCUCAGUUUCAUAUAUUUCUUGCUCUCCAUCCCACAUUUCUAAAAGCUUCUUUUUUAUUUUAUUUUGAGACGAGACGAAAAUAUGUUUUGAAGAGAAAUAAUCUCAUAAGUGCGCAUAAAAAUCGCAGAUAUCUCAGUCUUUGCACAGAUAUUUUCAGAUUCAGUUGAUCUUACAUUUACUUCUGUUUGUUCCGAAGAUAAAAUUAAAUUUGAUUCAGUGAAAAAAGUUAGUGCAAUAGAAAUUGUGUGCCAUUGAUGUUGUCUGAAAAUGUCAAGUUUAAGAUUCGUAAACUUGAUUCGAUCAUCAAUCACAGUUCUAUGUAACACAGCGAAAUCUCAACAAACAAUCCGAAACUUCUCUUCAAACCGUCCACCGAAAAUUCUGAUCACAGGUGGAUUAGGACAGUUGGGAACGGCAUGUGCGCAACUACUUCGUUCCAAGUAUGGUCAAGAGAAUGUCAUCCUCUCCGAUAUCAUCAAGCCAAGUCAACAAAUUGUGGAUGAAGGUCCUUAUGUGUUCGCCGACAUUCUGGACUUUAAAGGUCUACAGAAAGUUGUCGUAACACAUCGUAUUGAUUGGAUCAUUCAUUUCUCAGCACUUCUCAGUGCUAUCGGUGAACAAAAUGUGUCACUUGCUGUUCGUGUUAACAUUGAAGGGAUGCACAACAUGAUUGAACUUGCGAAACAAUACAAAUUAAGAGUCUUUGUGCCAUCAACGAUUGGAGCUUUUGGACCUGAUUCUCCACGAAAUCCAACACCAAAUUUGACAAUCCAAAGACCACGAACAAUUUAUGGGGUCUCAAAAGUUCAUGCCGAAUUAAUGGGUGAAUAUUAUCAUCACAAGUUUGGAACAGAUUUUAGAUGUUUACGAUUCCCUGGCGUUAUCUCAGCUGAUCCACCAGGUGGUGGCACAACAGAUUAUGCAAUUGCAAUUUUCUUUGAUGCACUUCGAAAAGGAAGUCAUGAAUGCUAUCUGAGGCCAGAUACUUUACUACCAAUGAUGCAUAUUAAUGAUUGUUUAAGAUCACUCAUUGAAUACAUGACUGUUCCUGAAGAGAAGCUCAAACGAAGAGUUUAUAAUGUCACUGCGAUGUCAUUUACGCCAGAACAGCUUGCGGAUAAAAUCGCAAAAUACGUUCCAGAAUUGAGAGUUUCAUAUAAACCUGAUAGUCGACAAUUAAUCGCUGACUCAUGGCCGCAAGUUUUCGACGACUCAGAAGCACGAGCUGAUUGGGGCUGGAAACACGAAUAUGACUUGGAUAAAUUGGUUGAGCUGAUGAUCAAAGAAGUUACAAAACAUUAUGCAAAGAAUGGCUGCUAGCGAAAUUCAUUUUUAUAAAUUCAAACAUUUUUAUGAAACAUAAAAUUUAAUAACGAUUUAAAAUGUAUACGAAAAGAUUGCGAAAUAAAAAUAUUCAAUUUGAUUUGUUACCAUGGAAAUGAAUGAAAAU